GCGGAGGGAGGCGGCGCAGGCCCGGGCCCGGAGAUGAGGCCAGGAUGUCGGUGUCAGGGCUCAAGGCCGAGCUGAAGUUCCUCGAGUCCAUCUUCGACAAGGACCACGAGCGCUUCCGCAUCGUCUCCUGGAAGCUGGACGAGCUCCACUGCCAGUUCGUGCUCCUGCCGCCGCCGCCGGGCUCCAGCCCGCAGCCGCCGCCGCCGCUCACCAUCCACUGCAACAUCACGGAGUCUUACCCCUCUUCAUCGCCAAUAUGGUUUGUAGAAUCAGAUGACCCAAACCUGACUUCAGUCUUAGAGCGUUUAGAAGAUAUUAAGAAGAGCAAUACACUGCUUCUUCAACAGCUGAAGAGAUUAAUAUGUGACCUCUGCAGAUUAUAUAAUCUUCCUCAGCAUCCAGAUGUUGAAAUGCUAGAUCAGCCCUUACCAGCUGGACAGAAUGGAACAACAGAAGAAGUUACAUCAGAGGAGGAGGAAGAAGAAGAUAUGGGUGAAGACAUUGAAGAUCUGGAUCACUAUGAUAUGAAGGAGGAGGAACCAGUUGACGGGAAGAAAUCUGAGGAUGAAGGCAUUGAAAAAGAGAACCUUGCAAUCUUAGAAAAAAUCAGAAAAAAUCAAAGGCAAGAUCACUUAAAUGGUGCAGUCUCUGGGUCAGUUCAGGCUUCAGAUCGACUUAUGAAAGAACUCAGGGAUAUAUAUAGAUCACAGAGUUAUAAAACAGGGAUAUAUUCAGUGGAACUGGUAAAUGACAGCUUGUAUGAAUGGCACGUUAAGCUUCUAAAGGUUGAUCCUGAUAGCCCACUCCAUAGUGAUCUUCAGGUCUUAAAAGAAAAAGAAGGUGUAGAAUACAUUUUACUCAACUUCUCUUUUAAGGAUAACUUCCCUUUUGAUCCUCCCUUUGUGCGAGUGGUAUCUCCUGUGCUCACAGGAGGGUAUGUCCUAGGUGGAGGUGCAUUAUGCAUGGAACUCCUUACUAAACAGGGCUGGAGCAGUGCCUAUUCAAUAGAAUCAGUCAUCAUGCAGAUCAAUGCCACUUUAGUCAAAGGAAAAGCCAGAGUACAGUUUGGAGCCAAUAAGAAUCAAUAUAAUCUAGCAAGAGCACAGCAGUCCUAUAAGUCACUAGUACAAAUACACGAGAAAAAUGGCUGGUACACUCCUCCAAAAGAAGACGGCUAAUAUUGAGGACUGUUGUAUACCUGGACCAAUGUCAACAAAACAAGCUCUUUUUUAUGUUUUCCAACACACAGACUCAAGCUAUGAGUGCCCCUAUAACAGCCGUACUGAAGACUUUAGCUAUUAGAUAAGUUAGUGGAUAAUCUGUCAACUGACACGUAAAGUAUAAGUUACAGCCUUACCAUUCC